UCUUCGAGUUUUUGUUAUGACGGAUUGCUCUUUACACUAAUAGGAAAACGUUUAGUCACAGGAAAGGGCGGGUACUAGGGGGAGGUCUUCCAAUAGGAAAGCGUAGCUUGGUCUGGGGGGUCCAUUUCGCGGAGAUAUUUUUUUUCAGGUCGUUUUAUUUCAGGCCAACACAAGUGGGUCUGUUUUGUGUUUAUUUUUACUUCGUUUUUUUUUCCACAGACGACAAUUAAAACUAAGUAAAUAAACAAGUUGAAAGGCGAAAUAAAGAGUUCGUUUCUACUCAGUUAUUUUGUGUCCGUUGAAAAGCCUCCUCUUCAGAGGGGAGGACGGUAUCUGUGAGAAAAUGGCGGCGAACCCGAGUCAACAAAGUCAGGCCGCAAGCUGGCCCCAGCAGUAUGGUAUUGGCGGGGACAGUUCUGAAGGUCCAAUUCAUGAGAACCCAGAGUGGGAGAAAGCUCGACAGGCACUGGCGUCAAUCAGCAAGAAUACAGCCAGCUCAGCAGCCAAGACUGCAGCGUCCAAUCAGAGCACAGCGCAGGCGCCUCAGUACCCCGCAGUGCAGGGUGACUCUUCGAACCUGCAGCAGCAACAGCAAUAUUACCAGUGGUACCAGCAGCAGCAGCAGCAGUACAGUGGCUACAGCUAUCCCUAUAACUACUACUACCAGAUGCCUGCCUAUGGAGGUGGUUAUCCCCAGCAGGGUCAGUAUGCAGUCCCUGGCUCCUACCAGCAGCCUCCCACCACUCCCACCACUCCCACUGCACAGCCUCCAUUGCCUCCAAUGGAUGACACCUCCUUCCAGCCUCAGUCCCAACCCUCUACCCCAAGCACCCCCCAUUCCCCUCUCACCCCUACCCACUCCCUGGGGGCAUCGGGAGGAGGGGGGCAAAAAGAACUGUCACAGCAUAACAGCCACCCUCACAACCAGCAACAGAGGAACCACUACCCUCAGAACUACCAGAAUCCAUCCCAGCAGGGCUACCAGAACCAGGGGUCCAGCGCGGGCCAGCACCAUUAUCAGAGCCCAGGGCACGGGUACGGGACCCAAACCGGGCCGAGCCAGCAGCAAGGCUAUCAGAACCAGGCUUCGGGCCAGCAGUUCAAUCAGCAGCAGCACCAGAAUUCGUACUCUGAUGGGGGGAGCAAGAAAGGGAAAGGAGGGGUUCAACAAGGGCAGCAGCAGUGGCAACGCAUGAAACAGGCUCCGGGUACAGGCGCAGUGAAGUUCAACAUCCAGAAACGCCCAUUCGUAAUGACCAACCAGAACUUCCCUUCCCAGGAACAGAGCAGUGGAUUGGCCGGCUUAUCGGCGACAUCACAGGACAGGUGGGCGGGGCAAGAUGUGAGCGUGACCCGGCCCGAGGACUGGCCCAAGGCGAUGAAGGAGUACGUGCAGCGCUGCUUCACAGCCUGCGAGUCCGAGGAGGACAAGGACCGCACGGAGAAGGUUCUGAAAGAGGUUCUGCAGGGCCGACUGCAGGACGGGACAGCCUACACCAUCGACUGGAGCAGAGAGCCGCUGCCAGAACUGAAACAGAAGAAUCUCUGGGAGGCGGUGCCUUCACAGAGGGGCUUGGAGCCCGUGAGCCAAUCCAGCGGAGCUGGAGGCUUAUCUGCGAGGGGCGGGGGCCGGCACAGGGGUGGCGUCUCCUCGUCUGGCUCCUCCCACUCCACGUUCAGCCCCCACAAGCUGGGUAACUACAGGAACGUGUUCACCAAGGAGCAGAGCUCCUCCUCCAGCAGCCGGUCCAGAUCCAGGUCUUCAUCCCCGCACAGGAACAGGGGCAGGCACCGCAGGAGUGACUCUGGCUCUCAGUCUGACAGCAGCAUCUCCUGUGAGGCCAGACCUUCACUCUCAAGGAGGAACCAGAAAGGAGGGAGAGGAGGGAGAGGGAGAGGCAGGGGCAGAGGCAGAGGAAACCGAGGACGCAGGAACACGGACGACUCUGGGACGGGAGGUCCUCAGUCUCAGAAGCGGGCUGGUGGGCGCAGGAAGGGUGGCUGCGCGGGGCUGGACUUUGAGGACCCGGAGCGAGAGUUUAAGAAACAGAACCGGGCAGCGCGGUUCCAGAGCGUGCUGGGUGGGAAGAGGCUGAGGACAGAACCGCUGGUGCUGCAGAUCAACGCCUUCGACUCCCACAACUCCCAGCAAGGCGGCGGGGACGGGCUCGACUGGGAAGAGUUUAAGAUACUGGGGACCAGCCAGGACAUCACAAAGCACUACCUGAGACUGACAUGCGCACCAGAUGCCUCCACUGUCAGACCAGUGCAGGUGCUGAAGAAGUCUCUGGUCAUGGUGAAGACUCACUGGAAAGCCAAUCAGGAUUACGCCUUUGCCUGCGAGCAGAUGAAGUCGAUACGACAAGACCUGACGGUCCAGGGGAUUCGUACGGAGUUCACAGUGGAAGUUUACGAGACUCACGCCAGAAUAGCUUUAGAAAAGGGUGACCACGAAGAGUUCAAUCAGUGCCAGACCCAGCUGAAAGCUCUCUACAGCGAGUCUUUGUCUGAGAAUGUGGGAGAGUUCACUGCCUACAGGAUACUGUACUACAUCUUCACCAAAAACUCUGGAGAUAUCACGACAGAGCUGGCGUUCCUAACUCGUGAGCUCAAGUCCGACCCGUGUGUGUCUCACGCUCUGGAGGUGCGCACAGCCUGGGCUCUGGGGAACUACCAUCGCUUCUUCCGGCUGUACCGCUGUGCCCCCCGCAUGGGCGCCUACCUCAUCGACAAGUUCCUGGACAGGGAGAGGAAGCAGGCGCUCAAAGCCAUCGUCAAGAGUUUCCGCCCCGCAGUCCCGGUCGAGUUCAUCCAAUCAGAGCUCACCUUCCCGACGCAGGAGGAGUGCGUGGCGUUCCUCGACGCUCUCUCCAUCUCAUACGUGGGGACCGACCCCUCCAAAGUAGAUUGCAAGCUGAGCAUGGCCGUCCUGCCCAAUUUCUAAAGGAAGUUAGCAGACAGGUUUGCUCUCUGAACCCCUGAGCAAAUCAGUAUUUAAAUAUCUCCAUGAAUCCGGCAGCACAAAACCGAUAGAGCAGAUGGGGGUGGAGGCACAAAAUGGCCGUCUGUUUCUGUACAACUUUUUUUAGCUAGUUUAUGCAGCACACAGAAUCCAUUUUAGGUAGAAACGGAUACAAAGGAGGAUGGUGGGAAGGGAAUACAGACGAAACGCUUGCAGAUUUUUAACACAUUUCCCAUCACCACCCAGUCUCAUGAAACACCUUUUGCUAUAGAAGUGUAUGUUGUUAACUGUGUUUAGACAACUGUCCUUUUCCAAGUUUUAGGGGAAAAAAUUAGCAUCGGACCACUUUUGAAAUAGCACCCCUUCCAGCUUACAGCAGACAAAAUUGACUGUGUGUUAAAGAACAGGUCUGUUCUAGCUUAACCCCAGGACAAAAUGGGGUUAAGGUGAAAAAUAUUUCCAGCUUGUCCGAUACACUAUCUAGAUAGCGAGCUCUUCCCACCUCGCCCAGCUUAAAUUGAUGCUGUCUCUUUUAGCUUAAACAAGCACGCAAUAUUAACACCACAAUACACUCAAUAUCACGAUAUUAACAUCACAAUACAGCAUGGACACUUGGGAAGGGCUAUUCCAGUUGACAUGCACGCCAUUUUAGGAAUAUUCUAGUUUGCCAUACUGUGUACAAAAUGAGGGCCAAGAAUAGCUUUUAUAUAUAUAUAUAUAUAUAUUGUUUUCUAAAAUAUUGCUGCUAAUAAAAUAACCAUUCUAGUUUUUAUCUACUCGCGUUUCUAAGCUUCUAAGCAGGAACCAGUGAGCGUCCUCUUUGCCACAUUCAAGAUGGCAGCCACUACUCAGAAUGGGUUGAACCUGGGUUGUACAGCUGUGCCACAACCAAGAUGGCUGCGGAGAGUGGCGAAUGGUGCCUGUUCUGCUGUGUCACAACCAACAUGGCCGCCUCUGCCAUCCACUGUACAUGGAAAGCUACACAAGGAAGCAAGCAAGUUCUGAGCUGAAUUUAAUUUUGUAUUUGUUUUAAAUACAGCAAUGCUUGAGGAUUUUCAAUAUCAUUAGAAACCUUCUCUCUUCCUCCCCUCCCCACCACCUUGUGUUCUGUCCAUUUAAUGGUUCAUCCCCAACAAUAUACAUUUUGAUGUUAACAAGAUAAUCAAAAUAGCUGAAUACAAACACAAUGUUAAGGUGCCAAAUCCUGUUUCUAUGGAAGCUGCGAAAUGUCUUAGAUUGAAAAUGAUGUUGGUUUUUCUUUUGGUUUUGGGAUUUAUUUAUUUUUCUUUCAUUUUUCAGGAGGUAAUAAAUUGUUAGUUUUUCCAGGAGUUUAAAAUGCACUUGAUCUUAUUUUUGAAGUGUCAACUAUACACGUUGCUUUAGAAAGAAAUGUACUGGUUUGUUUUUCUUUUCUAUAAGUUGCUAAAAUGCUCAAAUCUGUAACCAGCUGUUUUAAAUUUCAACUAUACUAGGGAACUGGGUUACAUCAGCAGAGUUUGUAGUCGGAUACACUACCUCCAAAACCUUACUUCCUCAAAACUAUGCCAUGGUAGAAUCAAAAUUAAACGGAUUUGACCCCAAAAUGUAAUUCUGAACCAUUCGUUUGACUUUGACUCAAACUUAUGUUUUCUGUAAAACAGGAUUAAAAUCAAAUUUCAUUGGCUUUUUUAUAUAAAAUCUGUAUCUGCAUUUCAGUGUGUAGAAAACCUAAUAUUUCACUUCCUUUUUAAAUAAGGCUUUGGUUUCAUUUUAUUUUAGGUGAGUUUAAAGAUUAGAAAAACUAGCUGUCAAACUACAGGUACACUAAUUCUAGUAGAGUACUGUGAUUUUAAAAUCACAAGACUUUUUUUGGCUAAAUCUUAGUUUUCAUCUGUACAGUAUAUUGAUUUUAAUCUGCAGCUACAAUGUAGUUAUACCUUAAACUGCAUUUAGUGUCGUAUUGCGGUGUAGUGAGUUAUCAGUUAGUUAAAUAUCAGUAUAAUCCAGUAUAGUGAUUCUAAGAUGUGUUUGUAAUAAACUUGGGUAUAGUGCUGUCAAACUACAGUUCUAUGUAAUCUAAAGGCAUGUGCAGUCUCAUGCUGUUCUAUUCAAUUGAUCUAAAACUGCAGUGUACUUCUAGGAGUUUAAUCUGGUAAUCUUAAAAUGAUGUUCAAAUGUUAAUCUUGUCUAUUAAUAUUAGACUACAGUUACUAUGUAAUUCUAGCACCGUCUAGUUGUAAGCUGCAGUUACAGUGUAAUUCUAGUAGUCUAGUAAUCUUAAACUGCAGUUACAAUAAUUCUAGUGAUCUUCAAAUGCAGUUGCAAUGGAAUUCUAACGGUCUGGCACUGUGCGAUUCUAGUACAGUGAUGUUAUACAGCAAAUUCAGUGAAAUUUUACUGUACACCAUUGGAAGAGUGAGAGUAAUAGUGGUAGUGUCUCUAACUACAGCUCUGUACUAAAAACAAAAUAUUACUCCACUGACUUGCUGUGUUAAUAAUUGACCUUGGUAAAGAGUUAACUUAUCAAACCAACCUUCCUUAGUAAGAGUUGUGUGCCCAUCUCCCUGACCCCCCCCACCCCCCCC